GUGAGAGUGAGCGUGGGUCGAUGACGUCAACUCCAGGUCGUAGAGAGCCGGCAGAGCUCAGAGAGGUGAGAGAGUCAACGACCUACCGCACCGCAGCGUGAGUGAGAAGUGUUUCCUGGAGAUUUCCCCGCCGUCCUCUUUCCGCCUGAGAAUCCUGCUAUGCACUGACGCUCCCGUGAACUCAUGCCUACAGCCUAAACUCCACAGGCAGAGAGAUAGAUAGAUAGAGAGAGAUAGAGAGAGCAGAUAACCAAACCAAACCAGGCUCCGUCUCUGCGCCUCAGUGUUUGUGUGUGCGUCAGUGAGUGGAGACGAUCCUGCAAUCAGUGCUCAGGUAAACGCAGCAGAGGAUCCGGAAGAACUCGCACAGCCAGUUGUUGUGUUUUUGCUGGCGUUUCCAGCGUGGAGCUGAAGGAGCUGAAGUUCCCGAGAGUGUGAAAGUGAGAGGACAGCUGCUCAAACAUGAUGGAGUUAAAGAAGAAGAAGGUGUUCAUCCUCCUGGACGUCCUCUGCGUCCUUGUCGCUGCGAUGCCCUGCAUGAUCCUGACAUUGAUGUUCAAGCCUUACCAGCGUGGUGUGUACUGUGAUGACGAGAGUAUCCGAUACCCAUACAAAUCAGACACCAUCUCUCAUGGCAUGAUGGCUGCCGUCACCAUCCCCUGCUCCAUUAUCAUUAUUACCUUAGGAGAAGCUUACCUGGUCUACACCAAGCGUAUCUACUCAAACUCGGGCUUUAAUCAGUAUGCCGCUGCACUUUACAAAGUGGUGGGGACGUUUCUGUUUGGCGGCUGCGUGAGCCAGUCUCUGACGGACAUGGCCAAAUUCACUAUCGGACGGCCGCGGCCCAACUUCAUGGCAGUUUGUGUUCCGACCGUGUGCAAGGGCUACAUGCUACAGAUAAACUGCACAGGAAACCCUCGCAACGUGACUGAAUCAAGGUUGUCCUUCUAUUCGGGCCACUCUUCCUUUGGGAUGUACUGCAUGCUGUUUUUGGCGUUAUAUGUGCAGGCACGCAUGGCUUUCAAAUGGGCACGCCUCCUUCGACCCACAAUCCAGUUCUUCCUGGUCGCGUUUGCUAUUUAUGUGGGAUACACGCGAGUGUCGGACUACAAACACCACUGGAGUGAUGUGCUUGUGGGUCUCCUGCAGGGGGCACUCAUUGCAAUCCUUAAUGUGCGAUACGUCUCCGAUUUCUUCAAGGAGCGGCCUCCCCUCUGCGAACACACCAAGGCGGCUGAGAACGAGGAGAUGGAGAACAAGCCCAGCCUGCAGAUAGCGGAGCCGGAGAGAAAUAACCAUUACAACUUCGCAGGGAACGUAUGAGUGACCAUUAACAUGUGAGCUUCAGGCCGACAUUUCCACUGAUUGCACCAAAUCCCUGAAAACGUAACCACUGGACAGGCUGCAGUGCUGCUCUAUAUGAUGACCCCCCCACAUACUCGUACCAGAGGCAUCAGCGCAGCUUCUGUAGCCCCCAAACUGAGUGGCACUGACUACAGACUCUCCUCCGUAUGAGGACUAAAACUCCUCUUUAUAUUCCUGUGAGUGUGUGUGUGUAUGUGUGUGUGCGCGAGUGUUGAUGUGUGUGUGUGUGGAAUCACAUGCAGUAUUUCUAUGUUCUUUGCUUUAGAGGGUCUGACAUAUUUAUACUCGGAUUAUUUUAUAUCGUAUUAAUAGUACAACUGCUCAAAAAGCCACACGUCACCUUUGGUAAAGAAAACUGACCAUUGAACCUUUAAAGCAACAACUGAUAAUGGGCUCCAAUGACAACUAUAACUGGGUGGGAUGUUUUUCACUUUAUAUAUAAUUAGCUUAUCCGGGCUCCACCCACAAAUGCAGUCUUUUGGUGCAGCUGUUGCUCGGUCGGACAAGCUUUGUAGAACGCUGGCAAAAUUCAGUUCAGUCUAAUGAGAAAUUGGAGUUCACAACUCAACUUAUGUUAAAAUACCAAAAUAAUCCGUGUCAGAUCACUACUGUUUCAUUAGUCACAUAACAUCAGUUUCCAGUUUAACAUGUACUCCUGAGCUGGACUGCGUUGCUGCUAUUAAUCAAAUUUUAUGGGCAACAACAGAAUUUAUUGCUUUGCUAACAUUAGGUUGAUUACACGACUAAAACAAUUACAUCUAAUCUGUCCAGCACAUACAACACAAAUAGCAUUUGAAAUGAAUAAUAUACUGAAUACACAGUCGUAUGUAAAGGUUUGGUCACUUCUGCUCAAGUUACUGCUACAAAUGUUUUGUUGAUUUUUCUGAAAGUAAGUUCCUCUACAGAGAGGAACUACAGAACUAUACACUUCUGCAUAGUUAAUGUUUAUUUGCUGAAUUUAACAUAUUGGGAAAAACUAAAGCAUAGUUCAAUUAAAAUGUGGCCAGUGGAAAAGUUAUGACUUAUUUUAGAUUUAAUGUUUUAUUUUUUCCGAUAUGUCAAACUCAGAAAAAUGCCAUAUUUAAGAGUUUUCUCUGUAGAGGAUGUUUUAACUUAUUUUCACUUAGAAAACAAACAGAACAUGUCAUUUGAACGGGGGCCGAUGUGUUGGUGUGCGAUUAUGUAUUUUGGCAAAAAAACAAACAUUCUGUUAUGAUUUCAGGAUAUUGAACGUGAUUAUUGUAGGAUGAAUGACAAUGUUCUGUAAAGCUUGUCCAACCUGGCAAAGAAUGUAUUUGUGGGCGGAGCAUGGACAGGUCAGUUAUGUGCCUUGAGCACCAGCUUUUUGGAUGAAGGAGUGAAAGAGCUGUAAAAUACAGUUAUGAAGCCAAGAGCAGAUAGAAAAUGAAAGUCAUAAAGAAAACACUGAAAACGAGUGAAACUGAAAGGUAGUGUUGAAAAGUCUGUCCCACAUCCACUACACAGUGGAAAUUGUGCAAUCAGUUUUCUUUGUUGUUUGACAGUUCUCUGUAGGUUUUUAAGACCUUUUAAAAGACAUUUAAUAUCAUACCCUGUAGUGAUGGCUUAAUCACUUUUAUGACCCACCAUUUGGCAGUAAUCUUAGUGAAAUGUUAUGCCUUAGUUUAUAUUCCUCCCUAACUCAUCCUUUGAAGGGCUUCAAAGGUGGACUGCAUCGCAUAACAAAUUUUAUAUGUUAAUUUUAUGUUAAUGUUUUUUUUCCUGAAUAAAUACCACUAGCUAACUACUGCGUAUGUGCAGGCCUAUUACAGUUUUUCUUCUGUUUUAAUAUUUUAAAAUGUGAAUUUAGGGGGCAGUCAGAGCUAGAAGACUAAGACAUAAUUACCCAUAAUUACCCAUACUAAUUAUGGCUCCGUUCCCCAAUGAGGAGGAAUGGAAUCUGCCUUCCUUAAAGGACUGUUAGCAUUAUGCAAGCCUGCGUUAGAAUGAUGCUAAGGAAGACAGUCAUCAUGUUGGCCUGGAUUGGCAGGGUUCUGUGUUCCUGGAAGAUCAUCUGUAGCAUGAGUAUGUUUUGGAAGUAGCAGUAGGUGAACAAUAUCACGGGGACCUGUGUGUGCCUGGUUCAGAUUUUCAAAGUUAAGAGAGAAUUCCACCCAUUUUUCAAAAAAAUCUGCAUAAUUCAGUCUUUGAGAUGUAAGCAGAUUAAUUCAGAGUGGUUUGGUGUGAAGUGGUUCAUUGUAGAGAAGCUUGCAGACUCUUUUCUUUACAGUGGUGCUGAUAGGAACCAGGUGUCACAAUGUCUACAACACAAAUAUAGUAAUUUUAUUUAUUAUCCAAAACCACCAGUGAACCUACACAUCUUCUGAGUUUUAAGAGGUAAAAUAGUGGUAAUCUGAAUGUUUUCUUUGGGGACUGUUUUAUACCCUACCAGUACACUACUGAAAUGAUCCAAAAUGAAUUGGAAUAAAAUCUGUUUACAUUAACUAGCAUUGAAAGUUAAGAACAUUGUUGCCUUCUCUUGUAAAGUUCCUGUUUUGGAGAUUUAAUCUCAGAACUAUCGUAAAACAACUUCAGAUGCAUCAGGCAGUGUAUUUUUAACCAUUUCAUGUAAUAACUUUGUGUGAGGGAGCUUUUAGAGGCAUUAAACUCUUCAGAUGUCUGGUUCCCAUCACCACCACUGUGAACAAUUCUGACUCUAGAACAGAGCAUUUCACGCCAAAGCACUCUGAAUGACUUUGUUUACCAUUUAUAUAUGCAGGAAUUUAGAAAAAUCUGCAGAGGUCCUUUUAAAACUGCAGAACAAAAUGUAGCUCUUGGCGAAACACUGCCUGAUGUGCAUGAAGGGACUUCAUUUGUUCACCAUGCAGCUCACAGUGAAUAUAUAUAUAUAAAUACAGUAAUAUAUGACUUCAGUACAGAAGGUGUUGGUAUUUUAUUUGUUGCCAUGCUCCUUGUGUAUUGAUCUGUUUACCAAUAUGAUAUUUAUAAUUACUAUUUGGGCCGUAAUAACAGCCUGGUGGCUUCACUAAAAUAACCAAACACACAAAAUCUGUUAUUUUAGACAAAACAGACCGAGUCUGAUCUGUUUUGAGCACUACAUCUGGCUAUUUGAGUAUUGUAUAAAUGAAGCCUUAGCUUUUGUAGAGCCAUAACAUGUAUCAAAAAAUGCAAAGAAAUGUAAAAUUAGUGUAGAAAUUGGUGCAUCACAAAAUCCACUGCAUAUCAGAUUGUUGUGUAUAGACAUACAACUCCUUUCACAUAGAAUAUUCACAUUAAACACUAUGUAAUAUAUAAGCUUCAUGUCCACAUUCCAUCCACAGUAUAUAGAAAUAUGCUGAAUAUGUUUUGCAUUCACGCGUGACUGCAUGUUCACGUUCACAGAUUCAAGCACAUUAACCUUGCUAACUACGAGCCGUGCAUUUCACUGAUUCUGCUUCAGUUGCAAGAUUUUUAAAGGACUCUAUAUUUACUCAGUGUGAGUGAUUUUUCUCAUUUUUUUCUCCACCGAACAGAGACUCACUCUGUUACUGUGGCAUAGCUGCUGAAACCGAAAGGCCUUAAAAUAGAGCGGGGUCCAGCACGACUGGGGGUGGGUUGUGCGAGGGUAGCUCACCUUUUGCAAAGCGUUUUUAAUUAUGUGUAUAAACUGAAUGUGAAAAAUAUGCAAUGUAUUACUACAGUUUGCCUUGUUCACUUAUAUUGAAUACUAUUUGAUGCUCGUGUUGAAUGUCAUGUUAUAACCCUGUUGCUCACCAUUGUGUGUCAAAUUAGCCUGUCGCUAACCUUAAUAACCUUGCUGUGUUCGCUCUGUAAUGCACAGAUUAUUGCAUUAUCUUGUAUUCUGUCCUGAGCCCCUGAUAUUGCAGCAAGUAGUAGUUCCACUGAGAGUAAGGUUUAUUAUGGCUUAUUAUAAUAUUACUACAGUGUUAUAGUAAUAGGCCAUAAGCCAACCUACUGCUGCUGUGGACCAUAUUGUUUUUUUGUUUUUUUUGCAUGUAUUAAAUCAUUCAGAAUUCCUGACAGUUUCAUGAUGUAUCCUAAGGCUGAGUAGUUUGAAUCAGAUGUUUUUUGUUCUGUGCUAUACAGUUUGUGGAAAUAGCAGGAAUACAUAAUGACAAAACAAAGGUUUUAGUUUAAAAAAUGUUGAAAUCAUACAAAGAAACAAAGCCUAUAACACUCCAGUGUAACAGCUUUGACUACAGAGCGAUCUUUCUUCACAAACACGAUAAAAAAUUUUAUAGUUUUUUUAUCAUUUUGUCAAAAUGCUGACCAUAGCUGACCAAUUUGCGGACACAUCAGUCAGGAACGCCAUCUUCCUUCAGAACUACAAAAUCUUUAUGCAGUUUAUUUUCUUUUGUGUUUUUGAAAAAUGUGAGCGAGUCCACUGAACAAGUGUUUGUUUUUUUUUUGGAAGGGUUUAUCUGUCAUUCCAUGCCACUGAUUUUAAAGCUAGGCCUCCAAAGUCGUAUGCUUGAGCCCAAGUGCCUACAGACCUACAGACGACUUCUCUCAUUGCAGCAGGUGAUCUGUAAUGUUGCUGUUGCCAUCACUGGCCUUCACUGUGACCUUCUCAGAGCUUCUGAUUGUACAGCUUAUGCAUAUUGCACACAAUAUUUUUUCUACAUGUAUUUUUAUGUAUGUUUUGUCUAUAACUACUGUAUGAUGAAUAAAAGCAAUUACUCAUUGUA